AUGGCCAUGAUGUCCCUCUUGUUUUCUAAAUGGAUGUAUAUGACUUUGGAGCUAAAAUCUUUCUUUCAGGAUAUGGGUAACGGAAAGCUGUCAAAAGAAGUAAAUGACAUACAUGGUAAACAUUUUCCAGAUAUUAGCGAUGUAAAAGUGAAGUUUCAAAAAGAACCAAAAGGAAGAUGUCUUAAUGCAUUUAAUGUUGCUGUGGUUGGUGAGGCGGGUGCUGGAAAGUCUUGCUUCAUCAAUGCAUUCCGAAAUGUAAAAAGGGGAGAUAAAUCGUACGCGGAAGAAGAUGUUGUAGAAACUACUAAAGAACCAACACCGUAUCAGCAUCCACACUAUCGAAAUCUUAUUCUUUGGGACCUACCGGGUGUUGGAACAAAGUCAUUUCCAAAAGAGAAGUAUAAAGAAAGGGUUUUAAUGUACACAGACUACGACUUCUUUCUGAUAUUGUCCUCUCAAAGAGUCACUGAAAACGAUCAAUGGCUAACACAAACUCUUAACAAAGAAGGGAAAAGCUUUUUCUUCAUUCGUACGCAAGUGGACAUAGAUGUUAUCAAAAGAAACGAUUUGCAUGGAGAUGAAGUGGUAGAAAAGGUGAGAAUGGACUGUCUUCAGAAACUUUCUUUAAACGACCAAAAUAAUGGAAACCAUUUGCUGUUCUUGAUAAACAAUAAAAACACAGAUGUGUAUGACUUUGAAAAGUUAGAACUGUCUUUAGUCAAGAAAAUGGCGGAAAACCUUUCUUUCAUGUGUUAUACAUGUUCGUCUGAAAACAUUUUGUCCGAAUAG